AGGGCGUGUUUCUGCUCCGCGUUUCCCCUCCCCUUUCUCAGGUCCCUCGCUCCGGCUCGGCGCUCUCCGGCUGCAGCUCCCUCCGGCGCAGCUGGGAAUCCGGUGGGAUUCCGGGCUCGGACUCCCUGCAGCCAGCUGCGCCGGGCACCCCCGGCCUCGUUACGCUCUGAGCUUCGCUCUCCGCGACGUCCGGCUGGGAGCAGCAGGCAGCAUCGCAAACCUCCCUCUCAGGGCGCUGCGCGCCCACAGCCCCAGCCCGGCCCCGCUGGGGCGCCUUUCCCCUCCCCCUCCGGCGCACCGGGGGCUCCCGCCGGCUUCCGCCCUCCUGGGGCUUCGAGGCGGCACCGGAGGAGCCGCUGCGCUGGGCUCCAGCCAUGGGCUCGGGGCGCGUGCCCGGGCUCUGCCUGCUCGUCCUACUGGUCCACGCCCGCGCCGCCCAGCACAGCAGAGCUGCGCAAGAUGUGGAUGAGUGUGUAGAGGGGACUGACAACUGCCAUAUCGAUGCUAUCUGCCAGAAUACCCCUCGGUCAUACAAGUGCAUCUGCAAGUCUGGCUAUACAGGAGACGGCAAGCACUGCAAAGACGUGGAUGAGUGCGAGCGAGAGGACAAUGCAGGCUGUGUGCACGACUGUGUCAACAUCCCUGGUAACUACCGAUGCACCUGCUAUGAUGGAUUCCACCUGGCACAUGAUGGACACAACUGUCUGGAUGUGGACGAAUGCGCCGAGGGCAAUGGUGGCUGUCAGCAGAGUUGUGUCAACAUGAUGGGCAGCUAUGAGUGCCACUGCCGAGAAGGGUUCUUCCUCAGUGACAACCAACACACCUGCAUCCAGAGGCCAGAAGAAGGAAUGAACUGCAUGAACAAGAACCAUGGCUGUGCCCACAUUUGCCGGGAGACCCCCAAAGGGGGUAUUGCCUGUGAAUGCCGCCCUGGCUUUGAGCUCACCAAGAACCAACGUGACUGCAAAUUGACAUGCAACUACGGUAACGGUGGUUGCCAGCACACAUGCGACGAUACAGAGCAGGGGCCCCGAUGCGGCUGCCAUGUCAAGUUUGUGCUCCAUACUGAUGGGAAGACAUGCAUUGGGGAAAGGCGGCUAGAGCAGCACAUCCCCACUCAGGCCGUUUCUAAUGAGACCUGUGCUGUCAACAACGGGGGCUGCGACAGUAAGUGCCACGAUGCAGCAACAGGUGUCCACUGCAGCUGCCCUGUGGGCUUCAUGCUGCAGCCAGACAGGAAGACCUGCAAAGACAUAGACGAGUGCCGCCUGAACAAUGGGGGCUGUGACCACAUUUGUCGCAACACGGUGGGCAGCUUUGAAUGCAGCUGCAAGAAAGGCUAUAAGCUUCUCAUCAAUGAGAGGAACUGCCAGGAUAUAGAUGAGUGUUCCUUUGACCGAACCUGUGACCACGUUUGUGUAAACACACCAGGAAGCUUCCAGUGCCUCUGCCAUCGUGGCUACCUGCUGUACGGUGUCACCCACUGUGGAGAUGUGGAUGAGUGCAGCAUCAAUAGGGGAGGCUGCCGCUUUGGCUGCAUCAACACUCCUGGCAGCUACCAGUGUACUUGCCCCUCAGGGCAGGGCCGGCUGCACUGGAACGGCAAAGACUGCACAGAGCCAGCGAAGUGUCAGGGCAGCCCUGGUGCCUCGAAAGCCAUGCUCAGCUGCAACCGAUCUGGCAAGAAGGAUACCUGUGCCCUGACCUGCCCCUCACGAGCCCGAUUUCUGCCAGAAUCUGAGAAUGGCUUCACGGUGAGCUGUGGCACCCCCAGCCCUAGGGCUGCUGCCACCCGAGCCAGCCACCCUGGAAACAGCACCAGCUCCAGCCACUGCCAUGAGGCUGCAGUGCUAUUGGUUAAACAGCGGGCCUCCUUCAAGGUCAAGGAUGCCAAGUGUCGUUUGCACCUGCGGAACAAAGGCAAACUGGAAGAAGCCAGCAGAACCCCAGGGCCAGGUACUGCCCCCUGUUCUGACUGCCAGGUCACCUUCAUCCACCUCAAGUGUGACUCCUCUCGGAAGGGCAAGGGCCGGCGGGCCCGGACCCCUCCAGGCAAGGAGGUCACCCGGCUUUCUCUGGAACUGGAAGCAGAGGUCAGAGCUGAAGAAACCACAGCGGGUUGUGGGCUGCCCUGCCUACGACAGCGGAUGGAACGGCGACUCAAAGGAUCCCUGAAGAUGCUCAGAAAGUCCAUCAACCAAGACCGCUUCCUGCUGCGCCUGGCUGGCCUUGACUACGAGCUGGCCCACAAGCCGGGCCUGGGAGCUGGGGAGCGAGCGGAGCCAGUGGAGGUCUGCAGGCCUGGGCAGCACCGUGCUGGGGCCAAGUGUGUCAGCUGCCCGCAGGGAACGUAUUACCACGGCCAGACGGAGCAGUGUGUGCCAUGCCCAUCGGGCACCUUCCAGGAGAGAGAAGGGCAGCUCUCCUGCGACCUUUGCCCUGGGAGUGAUGCCCAAGGGCCUCUUGGAGCCACCAACAUCACCACAUGUGCAGGUCAGUGCCCACCUGGUCAGCACUCUGUAGAUGGGUUUAAGCCCUGCCAGCCAUGUCCACGUGGCACUUAUCAGCCCGAAGCAGGACGGACCUUGUGUUUCCCAUGUGGUGGAGGCCUCACUACCAAGCAUGAGGGGGCCAUCUCCUUCCAAGACUGUGACACCAAAGUCCAGUGUUCCCCAGGGCAUUACUACAACACCAGCAUCCAUCGCUGUAUCCGCUGUGCCAUGGGCUCCUACCAGCCCGACUUUCGUCAGAACUUCUGCACCCGCUGUCCAGGAAACACAAGCACCGACUUUGAUGGUUCCACCAGUGUGACCCAGUGCAAGAAUCGUCAGUGUGGUGGGGAGCUAGGUGAGUUCACUGGCUAUAUCGAGUCCCCCAACUACCCAGGCAACUACCCAGCUGGUGUGGAGUGCAUCUGGAACAUCAACCCCCCACCCAAACGCAAGAUCCUUAUCGUGGUACCUGAGAUCUUCCUGCCAUCUGAGGAUGAAUGUGGGGACGUCCUCGUCAUGAGAAAGAACUCAUCUCCAUCUUCCAUUACCACUUACGAGACCUGCCAGACCUAUGAGCGCCCAAUCGCUUUCACGGCCCGGUCCAGGAAGCUCUGGAUUAACUUCAAGACCAGCGAGGCCAACAGUGCCCGAGGUUUUCAGAUUCCCUAUGUGACCUAUGAUGAGGACUAUGAGCAACUGGUAGAAGAUAUUGUGCGGGAUGGCCGGCUCUACGCCUCUGAAAACCACCAGGAGAUCUUGAAGGACAAGAAGCUCAUCAAGGCCUUCUUUGAGGUGCUGGCCCACCCCCAGAACUACUUCAAGUACACAGAAAAACACAAGGAAAUGCUACCAAAGUCCUUCAUCAAGCUGCUCCGUUCCAAAGUGUCCAGCUUCCUGAGGCCCUACAAAUAGUGCCCAUGUGCUUGGAGACCCAGCUUCCAGAGCCUUUGAACUCCUUAGCCCUCAGAGCUGGCAGCCCCUACCCUCAGACAAGGAACAAGUCCCCGCUUUCUUUCUGGAGGAAAAAUAUCAUUACACAGACCAGGCACCACUCUCCCUUUCUGUCUUUCUAAUUUCUUAUCUCUGUCUCUGUCUCUGUCUGUCUGUCUCUGUCUGUCUGUCUGUCUGUCUCUCUCUGUCUGUCUCUCUGUCUCUCUCUCUACCUAUUUCCUAUGUGCUUCCCAGAAAAGCCAUUCUGUCCUGUUUCUACUCCCCUGAGGAGUGAAGAGACAGAACCACCCUCUCCCUUGCCCAUCUCUCCAGCUCACAUCUCUGCCCCAUCAGUUUGAAAGGCUACUUGAGGCACAUGUAGGAAGUGGGCUUCUGCUAUUAUAGGGUUGUGCCUUGCUAGUAAGGAGCUGAAAGGUCUCCUGGCUGUGCUCCCCAGAGUGACUGACAGUCUAGGGUUCUGCCACAGAAGCCUUUAACUUACUGGCUUAAUGCCAGCACUGUUCUGCUGAGGCAAUGAUUUGAGCCCCGGGCUGCCCACACUGCUGGCUUUCUCAUCUAUAUAACUCCUCGCUUUCCUCCCCUACACAUCUGCCUGGGGUAGACUCCAUAAGGGUUCACAGAUGGCCCACACCACUGGGCUAGUGGACACUGUUCAAUGAGGAGCAAACAUUACCAUGCAUUGCUGUGGCUCCCUGAAAGGAUAGCUCUGCAGGACAGGAAACAGGUUCUAAAGCAUUGCAGAAAAAAGAAAAGGCAUCAUCUAAAGAACUGAACUACAGAACAGUUAGAAGCCAGCCUCAAACACUAAUCCCUUCUCUUGCCCCCCUGGCCCAGCCAUGCCCUCACCCCAUCCCAGUGCUCCCUGGGGGAGCCCUACUCCCCUUGCUAACAAACCUGGCUAUUGACCACAGCCAGCCUGGGCCUCAGCCUACAGUCAUCUUUCCCUUGACAUCUUAGGUGGCUUGUGGGUACAGGUCAGCCUGGAGCCACCUACCUCUGGCCUCAGGCUGUGGGCAGCAAGAGGAAUGUGUGCACUUGGCAAGCCUCCUGCCCAGCCCACCCUGUCCACAUCUAAUAAGUGCAAUCAUUUUGAGUCUUUCUAUGUUGUCUAGAGGGAGGGGUUUUUUUUUGUUUCCUUUUUCUCUAUUAGAACAACCCUAUUUAUAGCUUCCUAAGAGAGAAGAGUGUAUGUAUAGAGUGAAAGAAUAUCAGAAUCUCAUGAACCCCAAGUACUGAAGCAUCCAGUCUGUCUGUUGCAUCUGUGGCCCCUUGACUGCUAGGGCCCUUGGCUGGGCCAACCCAGGGCUAUGACUCAGAGCACCUGACAUGUAGGACAGUGAUUUCUGGGGACUUUAUGGAGCAAGAAGGAGAGGGAAGUGUUUGCUAAACAAUCCUGCUGUUGCAAUCCCUCUCCAUGGAUUCAGCAUGAACCUCAUGAUGACAGAGGCUGGUGAACUUGACCAGUUAUUCUUCACUUCAAGGAGGGAAAAACCUCCACCUUUUCCCUAUCUUCAUCAUGUUUUCCCCAGUGUGCACAUGGAAGAGAUCUGAGGCCACAGCAAGACUUCAGGAGCCAAGAGUGGGACAUCUGUCCAGGAACGAAGCUGGUCAAGGGACCAAAUGUUUGCCUGACCUUGGCCAUUUCCUUCAGUUAGCUUCACACCUGCCUUAACUGCUGUUUUUCACAAGAAGAAUCAAGCCUAAGCCUAAGUCCUGCAAUUCUCCACCCUAACCUAAUUGCUGCCUAUAAAAUUCUUUUCCAUUUGCUCCUUCUAGUUCUGUGGAGCUGUAGUCCUAUUUAAAGGCUACCAGCUGACUCCUCAGGUCCAGUUCUAGGUGAUUCUCCAAGACUACUGCUCCCCCAGGAGAUUCAACACUAAAUAAAGGAACUUGAGAUCACCUCUGGCCUCAGGCUGUGGGCAGCAGCCUUGGCCAAUCACAUUCAUCAGCCAAAACAAGCCUUAGCAGUGGGUAGAAGAUGGCACAGCUAGGCCCCGACAUCUGGGAAUGGAGGGUCUGCUACCUUUGUCUCUCUUGGUCGCAGAGGGCUGCCAUAAAGAUACUAAGUGGCUGCAUCCAGCAAAAGAAAUGGCCACUUCAUGGCAACUCUUGCACUGCUAAGAAGUGCUGUGAAAACUGCUUGCACACUUUGACCAUCUUAACUCCUUACCAGAAACUAGGAUAACUUUCUGAUUCCUCCCUUCCAUUUUGCAUCUUUGUUAGGAACCCAAAAUAGAGGUGCCUCUCAAGUCAUGCCUCUCAUGGGCUGGCUUCUCCUUGCUCCCUUCUUUUCCUGGUACACCACACAGAGAUACACUUCCUCCAGUCACUUAUUUCAUGGGUUAUAGGGUCUGAAAAUGAACUUCACAGUAUGGAACCUAUAGAGUACUAGGUUUUAUAAUAUCAAGUCAGAUCUUAUUGAGCAGGUGAAGAUCUGCUAUUGUGCACCACAUUUAAGUCAUCCAAGUUAUGGAUUAAGAAUAUAGGCAAAGCUGCUCUGAAAUACCUGGGACAUCACACUAGGGGUUACAUGGACAAAGAGUCAAUACUCAGGGACUCUCUAGGGAUGUACAGUUCAGACUACAGUUUUCACCAGUGGAGGGAAAUGGGAAGGAAAAAAGAAAAAAAAAAUAUAUAUAUAUAUAUCCUUCAUGAACUGACCCAGAGGCCUCCCUACAGAAUUGGGUGUUUGUGGAGCCACAGAACUGUGAGCUCCCAUUCAUCUUGGUACCAAACCUGCCCUGAACUGAGUUGGAAUAGAAAACCAUUUCCUCAAGAGCCCCAAACAUCAAGUGGUGCAGAAAGGCACUUAUAUCCUUAGUGGCACUGCAACUCUUUACUUCUCUUUUUGUAUCAUCAGACCAGGCCAUCUGAAUCAGCGCUUCCCUGGCAAUUGCAAGGGCCUGAGUUCAAUCCCCGGUUCCAAAAUAAAUAAAUAAAU